AAAACCUCCAAAGUCAAAUUUCACUCCUCGUUAAUGGCAACUUUGUCUCCAACCUUCAAUCACCGCCAUUCUCAACUUCUUCCCAUUAUAUAUAUAUUCCCCUUUCCAACAAUGGGCCCAAUUCAGUGUAUCUCAAUUUUCCAUUAUCCAUUUUAAAAACUACAUAUGAUGGUGGAGUUCCAUGGAGAAAUCCGAUCCCAUAACAACGAUGAAGACGACCGAGAUCAAGAACCAGAAGAGGAAAUUAGCUACGAUGAUCUCAAGAAACGAAUGUGGAGAGAUCGACAACGGUUGAAGAAGAUGAAGGAGAGGCAUGAUGAAGAAGAGCCUGAAUCUGCUGCAAGAGAAGAAGCUUCUCGCCGGAAGAAAAUGGCUCGAGCUCAAGAUUCCAUUCUUAAGUGCAUGGAUAAAAACAUGGAAGCUUGUAAAGCUCAAGGGUUUGUUUAUGGAAUCGUUCCGGAAAAAGGAAAACCGGUCACUGGUUCUUCCGAGAGCCUCCGUGAAUGGUGGAAAGAUGAUGUCCGAUUCGAACAAGAUGCUCCGAUGGCCAUAGCGAAAUUUCUCCCCAAAGUAAUUGAAGAAUCAGGAAUCGAUCCCAAUUCGUUUUUGCAUUUACUCACCGAUUUACAGGACACAACAUUGGGAUCCAUUCUCUCCGCCUUGAUGCAUCACUGUAUUCCUCCACAGAGGAAAUUCCCAUUGGAAAAGGGUUUAGCGCCGCCAUGGUGGCCGACGGGUAACGAGCUUUGGUGGGGUGAACAGGGCGCCGCCGGUGGUCAUGGUGUUCCCCCGUAUAAAAAGCCCCACGAUCUCAAAAAGGCGUGGAAAAUCAGUGUCUUGGCGGCGGUGAUUAAACACAUGUUACCUGAUUUAGACAACAUGAGGAAAUUAAUUCGGCAAUCGAAGAAUUUACAAGCGAAAAUGACAGCGAAAGAGACACUCACUUGGGCUAAAGUUGUGAAUCAAGAAGAAGCUCUGUUAAAAUUAACAAAAAAGAGCUUAAGAAUCACCGACGAAGAAGAAGAAGAAGAAGAACACAACAAAAACAGAGAUAAACAGUGCAGCGAUGAAAUUAUGACGAAACGAAAGUGUGUAUUCGAACAAGAACCCGUAUCGGAUUCGAUGUUAUACCCUUGCCAGAAUCAAUGGUGUCCACAGAGUGAAGUGCUAAUGGGAUUCAUAGACAAGAGAGCAAGAACAGAGCAUGAGACACAGUGCAUUUGCAGAGGAGAGAGGUCAGAGGAAUUCUCGGACGAGCAAUCGAUAGACACACAUUUGAAGAGCGUGGUGGAGUGGAUGAACUGGGAGCUGGGGAGGGCGGAGGCGGGGAGUGAGGAGGCGAGGAUAGAAGAUGCCGGAGAUGGGUCGGGGAGCAGCACGGUGGAGGAUUACGGGAGUGGAUACUGGAAUAUGGAUCUGAAUGCGAGUCCCGGGGAGGAUUUGAGUGGGCAACAACAAGAUGCUACUUCUAUUUGGGAUUUGAGAUAUGAAUGGGGAGCUGAAGAAUGAAGUAAGCAUCAUCAAUCACCGCCUUUUAUUUCUCAAUUUUGAUGCUUCCAACGGAAAAAACUAUUUUUGAAGAAGUUUUGAAUUUUGAAUUUCUAAAUCUUUUCUUGGGGUAGAAGUUAAUUGGAUUUUAGGUUUGAAUACUGAGGUUGGUUUUAUCUUCUUCCAUUAUGAUUAUGAUUAUAUGAUCAGAAUGAUAAUAUGAUUGUGAUUCAUAUUGAUAUAUACUAUUUAAUUUGUAGUGUGUUCCCUGAUGUCGG